AUGGAGAAGAAAGAGGAUAAUUCAACUGAAAACGCAUCACUUUCCGAUCAUAAUCAUCAGAUGAUUCCAUCAAACAUUUUUUUCAUGGCAAAUAGCAUGUUUGACACGCCAAGCGAGGUUGAUCAGAAGGGUUCUUUAGGCUUCAUAGACAUGUUUAAUGUUCAAGAUUAUACUAGCCCCUCUAUAUUUGAUUUAUUGCAAACGCCGCCGGUGAUUCCACUACAGUCACAGCCUCUUACAUCACCGCCUUCGACUGUUCCAGAGUCGUCUGAACUGGUCAACAAUCCGUCCAGCCCGAAUUCUUCAUCUAUGUCUUCGUCUUCAACUGAAGCUGCUAAUGAUAAACAGAGUAAAACUGUGGAAGAAGAAGAAGAAAACGACCAAGAAAAGACCAAACAACAGUUGAAACCCAAAAAGAAGAACCAAAAGAGGCAAAGAGAACCGAGAUUUGCGUUCAUGACAAAGAGUGAAAUUGAACAUUUGGAUGAUGGAUAUAGGUGGAGAAAGUACGGCCAAAAGGCUGUGAAAAACAGCCCCUUUCCAAGGAGCUAUUAUCGUUGCACUAGUACAGCCUGUGGUGUGAAGAAAAGAGUUGAAAGAUCAUCAGAGGAUCCAUCCAUAGUUGUCACAACCUAUGAAGGAGACAAAGGAGGAGUAAAAGGGAAAUUCACUUUGCUGUGCAUUUUGGAGCUGCAUGGAAGAAGACUCAAUAUAUAUCAAUUGACAGUAUAA